AUGGUCAAGAGCCAACUCUUCUUUCUUUCCCACACUUCAACUCUUCUACCUUUCCCACACUGGUUUCUCUUGCCUCACCAGUACCAACAAGAACUUGAAUCACUCUACUCAGUACUCUUUACUACCGAAGUCUCCCCUUGCAAGAUGUCGACCACAGAGCCUUUCUCCAUUCCUGAGCACGUCUCAUCUCUGAUGGACACAAAUCGCCAGCAAGCCCUGAGUCAGAUUCGAGGAAGAUCGGUCAGCAACUCCUCUCGCCUUUGGCAAAUUUCUCAAGAUUCCCAUUCAACAGCGUCCGAUUUCCUGGACGCCAAAAUUGCUGCACUGAGUGAUGAACAAGAUUAUCUGAUCUGUGUUCAACAGGGCCUCUCCGAGGCCCUUCACUCCAAAAAGAUCACCCCUGACAUGUACGAGAAAGAGAGUGGCACUGUCAUGAAAAGCUUCCUACAGGGCUCGCAGAUCCUCCGGGUGAUUAAACGCCAACACAAGUUAUUAUUGGAUGACCUUGAGGAAGCCGUGGAGCAAUAG